GUGAAGACCAGAGAGAUGUCUGCUGCUGCUAAAAAGACCUGGACAGACAGCAGAGCAGAUUGUGUUAGACGUGGAGCCGACCUGGUUGUGAUCGACAGCCAGGAGGAGCAGGUGAGCUUCAACCGAUGGCAGAGGAGGGAUAAUGAUACACCUGGGCACAAAAAGCAGAUCCUGGAUUGGUCACGACAGAGACAGAAGGAACAUGGAUCCGGACUAAUAAUAUCACCGAUGCGGAACAAAAGAGGCAAACGAGUCAGUGCUGCAGGACCUGCAGGCACGAUGGCCAAUCUACUGGGAAGAAAGUUCUACAUUCCAAGGUUUUCCAAGAGUUACUUCAGAGAUAAUGGCCUUUUUCAAAUAUUCAGACAAGGAGCAUCCAAGAGACGAGUUCUCCUGAGUUUAGCGCUGCUGAAUGCUGUUAUGCUGACAGCCGCUGUUGUUCUUGGGAUAAAAUGUGCCAGGGUCAAAGAGCACUCCCUCCACGUUCCCAGCUUAGCUGAAGUGCAGCUGGUGAAUGCGCUAAACAACCUCCGCAGCAACUACAGCAACAUCACUGAAGCUGCAGACGAGGCCAAGAAGACGUUAGAGACGGUCAUCAACAACCACGCACAGCUAAAGACGCAAAUCAAGCUGAAGAGCGUCAUCAUUGACAAUUAUCAGAAGGAGAUACAGACACUAAGGAUAGAGUGGAACCAGCUGCAGUCCAACCUGACAGCUCUGGAGGGAACCUGUGGUAAAUGUCUUCGUGGAUGGACUCUGUUUAACUCAUCCUGUUACUUCUUCUCCUACUUUGAGUCUGCUGCUGCUAAAAAGACCUGGACAGACAGCAGAGCAGACUGUGUUAGACGUGGAGCCGACCUGGUUGUGAUCGACAGCCAGGAGGAGCAGAACUUUGUGAGUGGAAACAUAAAAAGUAUGAGAAGUUACCCUAGUCAGUGGGAGAACGGAGUGUGGGUCGGUCUCACUGACAUUGAUACCGAGGGGGAAUGGGUCUGGAUUAAUAACGUCACGGAGGUGGAGCAAAGGUACUGGGCGUAUGGGGAACCAAACAACCACGGACGCCACGGAGAAGACUGUGCAAUCGUGACUUAUAACACACACAGUCCAUGGCAGACACGAUUCGAUGGGAAGUGCAACAGAAAUCAGCUGGCCUGGACGUGUGAAACGGCAGCACAAUAAUGCCUGGACACAACAAGCACCUGCUGGAAAGUGUCUCAAAUAAAACAGCUGUCAAUCAUG